UCUGUCAGCACGAUGGUUGGCUAUGUGACCCUCGACGACCAAUCGACGAAUGCCAGCUAUUCUGGCGACUGGGGCGUGGUGCUCAACGACAGCCCAUCAUAUGAAAAUACAGAGAUACGUCCGGAACGUGAUGGAGCGAGCUUCAGUCUUCAGUUCUACGGCCAUAAGGUAGCUGUGAGAGGUGUCAGAACGAACCUUUCCGGCGGCAUUCAGAUUGCCUUCUCCGUUGACGGCGGUGAGAAUGACACCGUCACCUUCGAGGCCUUUGAGUCCACCGAAUCGCGCCUUCUGUAUGACAAUGAACUUUGGAAGUCGGAGACCCUUGGCGACAUCGAUGAGAUGCACGUGCUUACCGGUCAGGUCUCCUCCACGUCCGAUGAGAAGGCGUUGUUCCUGGACAGCUUCAGGAUUUAUCAGGCCAGUCUGGACCAGCAAACCAUCUCCAGUGGGUCGCCCUCCACUGGCAUCUCUACUGGCACCUCUGGCACUUCUACUGGCACAUCAUACUCAUUGCCGCCUGGGAUGGAACCGACGGUUUCGGGCCCGUAUGUGCCACCGCCAUCGAAUUCAGCAUCGCGCGCGACAGAAGCCUUUGACGUUGGAGCCUGGGCGGGCAUUGUGGUCCUCAUCGCGGCUCUUUCCCGAUUGCUCUAG